GCUCUACUUGCUCAAGGGAUAACACUGUCAUGGCGGAGACUAGCAAAAGCAGGAUGUGAAUAGGAAGAGGUGACGCCGAGUGUGCUUUUAAACAGAAAUUUAAAUUGGUGAAGUGGCGCAUAGACAACUUUGAGCCACCACUCGUUGUCUGGCAAGCACUGCUUAGGUGCAAUCGGACUUUUGUUUCGGGCUGUCCUUGUUUUGGACUUUCCCACCUAGCUAGCUAGCGAGCUAGAUACGCUGGAUGGAUAUAGACUGUACGCUCAUUUUACCUGUCAGAUCACAGCAAGCUAGCUCUCUAGCUAGCUAGCUGUUACACCAGGAAGCUAGUGGCGCUGCUACGAGAGUAGCUGAUAUUCAAAAAAAGGAAAAGUCGCAGUUGUGUGUCUCAUUUUUAUCAAGGGGCAAGAAAAGACUUUAUCCUUAUCAGGUGUAAGAUUGUUGGCUCGGUUUUGCUAUAUUUUGCACAACUGGCUUGCAAGCUGCCUUGGAAUAACUAGCUAGCCAACUAAGAUUUUUAUCUUUCAACUUCAAGUUUCAUAGUAGGAGGUGCACAUUUAACGCAGGGCUUGGACUGAGAAGACCGAAUAGUAGCUAGCUAGUUAGCUAGCUGUUUGGCUAACUCUCAUGUUGGCGUUUUGGAGACUGGAAAGUGAGAGUCUAGCUACUGUACUACUGCCAUCAUGGUGGAAUUACAGUAGCUAGUCUACUAACAAGAAGAGAAGGGUCAAGAAUAUCUACUUUACUUUUUUGGAUUGACAGGAAAACAUAUCUUGUGCAUUUAUCAAUUGGAGAAUAAAAUACAGGCGGGGAUCGUUAUUUUCCGUCAACUCUUCGGAUCCACGUCCUAGCCUGUUUCACAAGUGCCUUACAGGUGUGGACGCCACCUCGUCUUUUCGGUUUGAAAUGGCCAGCGAGGAGGUACCGGCUCUUGGACCAGCGGCAGGUGAUGGGGUAGAGAAAGAGGACGGAACUGCGGCGUUGCCCUUGAAUCCUGGAAUUCCUAUUCGGGGUAUUCGGAUGAAAUUUGCCGUGCUUGGUGGUCUGGUGGAAGUUGGAGAAGUUUCCAACAGAGAUAUUGUGGAGACGGUGUUCAAUCUGCUGGUGGGCGGCCAGUUCGACCUGGAGAUGAACUUCAUCAUCCAGGAGGUGGAGAGCGUGGACUGCAUGGUGGAGCUGCUAGACCGGUGCGAGCCCACCUGCCAGGCCGAGGUGUGGAGCAUCUUCAGUGCCAUCCUGAAGAAGAGCAUCCGCAACCUGCAGGCCUGCACCGAGACCGGCCUGAUCGAGCAGGUCCUGACCCGCAUCGACAGGACCGACUGCAUGAUCGCCGACCUGCUGGUGGACAUGCUGGGCGUCCUGGCUCGUUACAGCAUAACUGUGAAGGAGCUGAAGCUGUUCUUCAGCAAGCUGCAGGGAGAGAAAGGCUGCUGGCCUCCACACGCUGUGAAGCUGCUGUCUGUGCUGAAGUGCAUGCCUCACAGAACCGGCCCCGACUCCUUCUUCAGCUUCCCAGGGAAAAGUGCGGCGGCUAUAGCGCUGCCUCCCAUUGCGAAGUGGCCUUACCUGAACGGCUUCACCUUUCACACCUGGCUGCGAAUGGACCCGAUCAACAACCUAAACGUGGACAAGGACAAGCCUUACCUGUACUGUUUCCGCACCAGUAAAGGGCUGGGGUACUCCGCGCACUUUGUGGGGGGCUGUUUGAUCGUGACGUCCUUAAAGUCCAAAGGGAAGGGGUUCCAGCACUGUGUGAAGUACGACUUCAAACCGCAGAAGUGGUACAUGGUGACGAUAGUGCACGUCUACAACCGCUGGAAAAACAGCGAGAUCAGCUGCUUCGUCAACGGGGAGCUGGCGUCCUACGGGGACAUAACCUGGCUCGUCAACACCAGCGACACGUUUGAUAAGUGUUUCCUGGGGUCCUCGGAGACGGCGGACGCUAACAGGGUGUUCUGCGGCCAGAUGGGGGCGGUGUACCUGUUCAGCGAAGCCCUCAGUGCUGCCCAGAUCCUGGCCAUUUAUCAGCUGGGGCCCGGGUACAAGGGCACGUUUAAGUACAAGGCCGAGAGCGACCUCCUCUUCGCCGAGCACCACAAGACGCUGCUGUACGACGGGAAGCUGGCCGGCAGCAUCGCCUUCACCUACAACCCCCGGGCCACCGACACCCAGCUGUGCCUCGAGUCCUCGCCCAAAGACAACGCCUCCAUCUUCAUCCACUCGCCCCACGCCCUCAUGCUGCAGGAUGUCAAAGCGGUGGUGACGCACUCGGUCCAGAGCGCCAUGCACUCCAUAGGAGGCGUGCAGGUGCUCUUUCCCCUCUUCGCCCAGCUGGACUUCCUGCAGCACAACAGCCAUGAGCUGGACACCUCCGUCUGCUGCACACUGCUGUCCUUUGUGAUGGAGCUGCUGAAGAACUCCGUGGCUAUGCAAGAGCAGAUCCUGGCCUGCAAGGGCUUCCUGGUGAUCGGGUACGCUCUGGAGAAGUCUUCCAAAGUCCACGUGACCUGGCCCGUGCUGGACAUCUUCCUGGCCUUCGCCCGUUACCUGGGCAACCUGCAGAACGGCGUCCCGCUGCUCAAACAGCUGUGCGACCACAUCCUGUUCAACCCCAACAUCUGGAUCCACUCUCCGGCCAAGGUACAACUGCCGCUCUACACCUACCUGGCGACGGAGUUCAUCAGCACGGCGACCUUCUACAACGCCAUCCGCAGGGUGGGCACGGUGCUGCAGGUCAUGCACACGCUCAAGUACUUCUACUGGGUGGUGAACCCCCAGGACCGCAGCGGGGUCACGGCCAAGGGCCUCGAUGGCCCCAGACCCAAUCAUAAGGAGAUGCUGUCCCUGAGAGCCUUCCUGCUGCUGUUCGUCAAACAGCUGAUCAUGAAGGACCACAGUGUGAAGGAGGACGAGCUGCAGAGCAUUCUGAACUAUCUGCUCACGAUGCACGAGGAUGACAACUUAAUGGACGUGCUGCAGCUGCUGGUGGCCCUGAUGUCCGAACACCCGGGGUCCAUGGUGCAGGCCUUCGACCAGCGCAACGGGAUAAGGGUCAUGUAUAAGCUGCUUGCGUCUAAAAGCGAGGGGAUUCGAGUGCAGGCCCUCAAAGUGGUGGGCUACUUCCUGAAGCAUUUAUCGCCUAAGAGGAAGUCAGAAGUCAUGCAAACCCACGGCCUCUUCUCUCUGCUGUCUGAACGUCUCAUGCUCCAGACGAACAAGGUCACAAUGACCACCUACAACGUGCUCUUUGAGAUCCUGACAGAGCAGAUCUGCACACAAGUGAUUCACAAACAGCACCCUGACCCAGAUUCCAGCGUAAAGAUUCAUAACCCACAGAUCCUGAAGGUGAUUGCCGCACUGCUGAAGAACUCGCCUCAGAACCCGGAGAGCAUGGAGGUGCGGAGGGUCUUCCUGUCCGACAUGAUCAAGCUGUUUAACAACAGCCGAGACAACAGGAGGAGCCUGCUGCAGUGCUCGGUGUGGCAGGAGUGGAUGCUCUCUCUGAGCUACAUCAGCCCGCACAGCAGCGAGGAGCAGAAGAUCACGGAGAUGGUGUACGCCGUCUUCCGCAUCCUGCUCUACCACGCCAUCAAGUACGAGUGGGGCGGCUGGCGCGUGUGGGUGGACACGCUGUCCAUCACCCACUCCAAGGUAUCGUUUGAGCAGCACAAGGAGAACCUGGCGCGUAUGUUCAAGGAGUACCAGAGGCUGGGAGCGGAGGGGCAAGGCCGGAUCAGAACCGUCUCGGGGGCCAGCAGCGAGGCGGAGGCGCUCACCCGCUCCUCCAGCCUCCGCACCGUGGAGGAGAGGGCCCCGUCCGCCGUCAUCGAGCUUCCCGCGGAGGGCGGGGCGACCGCCACGGGACCGGGGGAAGGCUCGCCCGCGGAAGUGGCCAUAACGGUGUCCGACAUCCUCAGCAGAGCCCCCGAGGAGGAGAAGCCGGAAGGGGACGAGGGUGGUUCUGGACCCUGCGCGGAUGCAGGAGAAGCUCAGGAGGCAGCAGUGCAUGCUGGGAAUCUCACAGAGGAAGCUGCCGCUGGCGAACGAGAAGAUGGAAGCAAGCAGGACACGCCGGUCGAGACCUCGACCGACUCCGUUACAGACAGCACCAAAGAGGAAACUACAGUGGGAAAGACAGGAGAGGAUGAAGCUGUGGUUACGAAGGUAGAAGCUGAGGUUGAGAAGGAAGAAGCUGAGGUUGAGAAGGAAGAAGCUGAGGUUCAGAAGGUAGAAGCUGAGGUUGAGAAGGAAGAAGCUGAGGUUCAGAAGACAGAAGCUGUGUGUGAGAAUGAGAAGGCAGAAGCUGAGGUUGAGAAGGAGGAAGCUGAGGUUGAGAAGGUAGAAGCUGUGGGUGAGAAGGUAGAAGCUGAGGUAGAAGCUGUGGUUGAGAAGGUAGAAGCUGUGGGUGAGAAGGUAGAAGCUGAGGUUGAGAAGGCAGAAGCUGGGGUUGAGAAGGAAGAAGCUGAGGUUGAGAAAGCAGAAGCUGAGGUUGAGAAGCCAGAAGCUGAGGUUGAGAAGGUAGAAGCUGAGGUAGAAGCUGUGGUUGAGAAGGUAGAAGCUGAGGUUGAGAAGGCAGAAGCUGUGGGUGAGAAGGUGGAAGCUGAGGUUGAGAAUGUAAAAGCUGUGGUUGAGACGGUAGAAACUGUGGUUGAAGAGGAAGCUGUGGUUGAGAAGGUAGAAGCUGAGGUUGUAGAUGAAGUUGUGGUUGAGAAGGUAGAAGCUGAGGUUGAGAAGGUUGAAGCUGUGGUUGAGAAGGUAGUAGCUGAGGCAGUGGUUACUGUUGAUGCGGUGAGCAGUGAGACCCAGUCAAAGGGAGAGGACCUUGAAGAUGAAGGCGUUCCUUCAGCCAAGGUCAGAGAUGACAGCCUGGAAGAUGCCUCCUACGUGUCUGCCAUUACGACCAUAGGAGAGGACGAGGAGGAUGACCAAAGCAGUGCUACUGGCAAGCCUUGUGACGAAGAGGUGGUUUGCAAAAAGGAGGAGACCGUGGCUCAGGAGGUGGAGCCUGUGGCUGUAGAGGCGGCGCCUGUGGCUGAGGAGGUGAAGCCUGUGGCUCAGGAGGAGGAGCCAGUGGCUCAGGAGGUAGAGGCUGUGGCUCAGGAAGUGGAGCCUGUGGCUCAGGAGGAGGAGCCUGUGGCUCAGGAGAUGAAGCUUGUGGCUCAGAAAGUGGACCCUGUGGCUCAGGAGGUGGAGCCUGCGACUCAGGUGGAGGAGGAGCCUGUGGCUGAGGUGGAGUCUGUGGCUGAGGAAGAGGAGCCUGUGGCUCAGGAGGUGGAGCUUGUGGCUCAGAAGGUGGAGCCUGUGACUCAGAUGGAGGAGCCAGUGGCUCCAGAGGUGGGGCCUGUAGCUGAGGCAGUGGUGCCUGUGGAACUGGAGGAGGCUGACCACCCUGCGGAAUCCACUGAGACAAUAGAGCCCCCGAGCACUGAGACAGUGCAACAGCAUGCUGAAAGAGAAGAUCUCCCCCGCACUGAGGCAGUGGAACAGUCCACUGAAUCUGCUGAACCCCCUGGCACCGAGGGAAUGGAACAAGCUGCCGAAACUGUGAACCCCCCCAGUACCGAGACAGUGGAACAGCCUGCCGAAGCAGUGAACCCCCCCAGUACCGAGACAGUGGAACAGCCUGCCGAAACUGUGAACCCCCCCAGUACCGAGACAGUGGAACAGCCUGCCGAAACUGUGAACCUCCCCAGCACUGAGACAGUGGAACAGGUGGCCUCGCCAGAGAAUGAAGGGGGCGAGAGCAGCACUGCCCAGAAGACCAAAGAGAUCAAGAUCGCCCGGCUGGACGUGUCGAGCGUGGCCUCGGACACAGAGAAGCUGAAACUGAAGGAGCAGACAUCAGCUGAGGACGCCAGCGCCACUCCGGCUACCCCAACCGCCCCGCCCGCCGCGCCCGCCGCUCAGGGGGCGGAGGGGGCUUCCGCGGGACGCUCCACCAUGUUCCGCAUCCCGGAGUUCCGCUGGUCCCACAUGCACCAGCGCCUGCUGACGGACCUGCUCUUCUCCAUCGAGACGGACGUUCAGAUGUGGCGGAGCCACUCCACCAAGACGGUGAUGGACUUCGUCAACGGCAGCGAGAACGUCAUCUUCGUGCACAACACGGUCCACCUGGUCUCGCAGGUGGUGGACAACAUCGUCAUGGCCUGCGGGGGCAUCCUGCCGCUGCUCUCCGCUGCCACCUCCUCCUCCCACGAGCUGGAGGCCAUCGAGCCGUCGCAGGGCCUCUCCGUGGAGGCCUCGCUCACCUUCAUGCAGCGGCUCAUCGGCCUGGCCGACGUCAUCAUCUUCGCCAGCUCGCUCAGCUUCACCGAGAUCGAGGCCGAGAAGAACAUGUCGUCCGGCGGGAUCCUGCGGCAGUGCCUGCGCCUGGUGUGUGCCAUGGCCGUGCGAAACUGUCUGGAGUGUCAGCAGCACUCCAGCCUGACGGCCGGCGGGGAGAGCGCCCGGGGCCAGAAAGCCAUGCAAAGCCUCAUGGGAGCCGGGAAGUCUGGGCCCGCGCAGAGUCCAGUGGACAUGGUGACGGGGGGAGUGUCUCCCAUUCGGGACAUGGACCGGCUGCUACAGGACAUGGACAUCAACCGCCUGCGUGCCGUGGUCUUCAGAGACAUAGAGGACAGUAAGCAGGCCCAGUUCCUGGCCCUGGCUGUGGUCUACUUCAUCUCCGUCCUCAUGGUGUCCAAGUACCGGGACAUCCUGGAGCCCCAGAACAACCGGAGGCCCGUCCAGCGCUCUCAGUCCACCAGGAGCGCAGAUGUGGGGAGAGGCGGGGCGGGGCUGGAGCCGGAGGGUGGGCUGUCCCUCAGAAGGAGAGACUCCGGGAUUGGGGAGGAGCAGGUGUCCGUCGCCGCCGGCGAGGCGGAGUUCGGGGUGGGCGGGGCCUCGGGGCCGGACGCCAUCAGCGAGGCCCUCUCCACGCUGUCCUCGGAGGUGAAGAAGAGCCAGGAGGUCUCCUCCUCCUCCUCCUCGUCCUCCUCCUCGCAGGGGAAGAACGUCAACGUCAAAGACAUCCUGCGCAGUCUGGUCAGCGCGCCGGCCGAUGACAUCGUGGUGGACCCCGGCCUCCUCCCGCCCACCUUCCUGGGAGCCGUGGGCGACGCCGCCAAGGACCAAUCAGUGCAGUUCCGCUCCUUCGACAGGAGCGUUGUGGUCGCGCCUAAAAAGGCGGGCGGAGCACCAGCGGGGGCCACGUCCACCGCCAGUCCCGCCCAGGCUCCGGCUGGGACGCCCGUCAACAACGUCGCCGUGGUUUCCUCGGGAGAACCCGCCCACAGCGCCAGUGCUGAGUCCGCUGCAGCAGGGGGCGCCAGUGCGAGUCACAACCUGCCGGCUGUUCCCACAGUGCCCCCACUGGUCCAGGAGGACUCUGCGUCCAGCAUGAGCAUCUCGGAGAGGCUGGAGCACGCCCUGGAGAAAGCCGCGCCCCUGCUGAGGGAGAUAUUCGUGGACUUCGCCCCCUUCCUGUCCCGGACGCUCCUGGGAAGCCACGGGCAGGAGCUGCUCAUCGAGGGCACCAGUCUGGUGUGUAUGAAGUCCAGCAGUUCCGUGGUGGAGCUGGUCAUGCUGCUCUGCUCUCAGGAAUGGCAGAACUCCAUCCAGAAGAACGCCGGGCUGGCCUUCAUCGAGCUCGUCAACGAGGGGAGGCUGCUGAGUCACACCAUGAAGGAUCACCUGGUGAGGGUGGCCAACGAGGCCGAGUUCAUCCUGAGCAGACAGCGGGCGGAGGACAUCCACAAGCACGCCGAGUUCGAGUCCCAGUGUGCGCAGUACGCGGCGGAGAAGCGGGACGAGGAGAAGAUGUGCGACCACCUGAUCCGGGCGGCCAAAUACCGGGACCACGUGACCGCCACCCAGCUCAUUCAGAAGAUCAUCAACAUCCUGACGGACAAGCACGGCGCCUGGGGAAGCUCCGCCCUCAGCCGCCCGCGGGAGUUCUGGCGCCUGGACUACUGGGAGGACGACCUGCGGAGGCGGCGGCGUUUCGUGAGGAACCCCUUCGGAUCCACGCACUCGGGGGCCGCGCUCAAGGCCGCGGCCGAGAACGAGUUGAGAGUUACGGCCCCAGAGGAAGAUGUCCUCAAAGGCAAACAGUCAAUCAGGAGUCAUGCUUUGGGAAAUCAAAACUCGGAGAGCGAGUUAUCAUUGGAUGGAGAUGACGAUACUUUGUCGUCGUUGGAGGAUAAAGAACUGGAAAACCUAACGGGGCCAGUGAACCUUAGUACUGGGGCCCAGCUGGUCGCGCCCGCGGUCGUGAUAAAGGGGACGCUGUCCAUCACAGCUUCCGAGCUCUACUUCGAGGUGGAUGAAGAGGAACCUAGCUUUAAGAAAAUCGAUCCAAAGAUUCUGGCCUACACCGAGGGCCUGCACGGCAAAUGGCUCUUCACCGAGAUCCGAGCCGCCUUCUCCAGACGCUACCUCCUGCAGAACACCGCCCUGGAGAUCUUCAUGGCCAACAGGACUGCUGUCAUGUUCAACUUCCCUGACGCUGCCACCGUGAAGAAGGUGGUCCACAGCCUUCCACGGGUGGGGGUGGGGACCAACUUUGGGCUCCCCCAAACCAGGCGCAUCUCGCUGGCCAGCCCCAAGCAGCUUUUCAAGGCCUCCAACAUGACCCAACGCUGGCAGCGCCGGGAGAUCUCCAACUUCGAGUACCUCAUCUUCCUCAACACCAUUUCAGGCCGCACCUACAAUGACAUAAACCAGUACCCCGUUUUUCCCUGGGUGAUCACCAACUAUGACAGCGAGGAGCUGGACCUGACACUACCCAGCAACUACAGGGAUUUGUCCAAGCCCAUCGGCGCUUUGAACCCCAAGAGGGCGGCCUUCUUUUCCGAGCGCUUCGAGACGUGGGAGGAUGACCAGGUCCCCAAAUUCCACUACGGGACGCACUACUCCACCUCCAGCUUCACGCUGAUGUGGCUGAUCAGAAUGGAGCCCUUCACCACCUUCUUCCUCAACUUCCAAGGAGGGAAGUUCGACCACGCGGACAGGACCUUCUCCUCUGUGUCCCGAGCCUGGAGGAACUGCCAGAGAGACACGUCUGAUGUGAAGGAGCUGAUUCCCGAGUUUUACUACCUCCCGGAGAUGUUCGUCAACUCCAACAACUACAACCUGGGGGUGAUGGAGGACGGGACGGUGGUCUCCGACGUGGAGCUCCCGCCGUGGGCCAAGACCCCGGAGGAGUUUGUGCGCAUUAACAGACUGGCCCUGGAGAGUGACUUUGUGUCCUGUCAGCUGCACCAGUGGAUCGACCUCAUCUUCGGCUACAAGCAGCAGGGCCCCGAGGCCAGCCGGGCCCUGAACGUCUUCUACUACCUGACCUACGAGGGCGCGGUCAACCUCAGCUCCAUCACCGACCCCAUGCUGAGAGAGGCCGUGGAAGCCCAGAUCAGAAGUUUCGGCCAGACGCCCUGUCAGCUGCUGAUUGAGCCACACCCCCCGAGGAGUUCAGCCAUGCAGGUGACGCCGCUGAUGUUCACCGAGCAGAUGCAGCAGGACGUCAUCAUGGUGCUCAAGUUCCCAUCCAACUCGCCGGUGGCCCACGUGGCCGCCAACACGCAGCCCGGCCUCUCCGCGCCCUCCAUCAUCACCGUCACCGCCAACCGCCUCUUCGCCGUCAACCGGUGGCACGGCCUGGCGGGACAUCAAGCGUCCUCAGUCCAGGAUCCUCAGUACCAGCUGCCGGUGGAAAUCGACCCUCUGAUAGCCAGUAACGUAGGGACCCAUCGGAGACAGAUAACUGACCUGCUGGACCAGAGCAUCCAGGUGCACACGCAGUGCUUCAUCAUCACCGCUGACAACCGCUUCAUCCUGGUGUGCGGCUUCUGGGACAAGAGCUUCCGCAUCUACUCCACCGACUCAGGGCGGCUGACCCAGAUCGUGUUCGGGCACCGGGACGUGGUGACGUGCCUGGCCCGGUCCGAGUCCUACAUCGGGGGGGACUGCUACAUCCUGUCGGGGUCCCGCGACGCCACGCUCCUGCUCUGGUACUGGAAUGGCAAGACCUGCAGCGUGGGGGAGACCUCGAGCACAGAGUUUGUGACUCCCAGAGCCAUCCUGACGGGCCAUGACUGCGAGAUCACCUGCGCCGCCGUGUGCGCUGAGCUGGGCCUGGUCAUCAGCGGCUCCAAGGAGGGGCCCUGCCUGAUCCAUUCCAUGAAUGGGGACCUGUUGAGGACCCUUGAGGGCCCCGCGAGCUGCCUGAGGCCCCGGCUCAUCCAGUCGUCCACAGAGGGCCACUGCGUGAUCUACUACCACCAGGGCAACUUCUGCGUGUUCAGCGUCAACGGGAAGCUGCUGGGACACAUGGAGGUGGAGGAGAAUGUCAAGACCAUGCUCUUGAGCCGGGAUGGGCAGUACCUGCUCACGGGGGGAGAUGGAGGGGUGCUGACCGUAUGGCAGGUCCAUGACCUCAAACAGCUCUUCACCUACCCUGGCUGCGAUGCAGGGAUCCGCUCUAUGGCUAUGUCACAUGACCAAAGGUGUAUAAUCACUGGCAUGGCGUCUGGGAGCAUAGUGCUGUUCUACAACGACUUCAACAGGUGGCACCACGAGUACCAGACGCGAUACUGAGGCCUCGGCCGCAAUCCUGCCAUUCGCCUGCGGGGGGCACUACUACAUCACACCUGCUGAAACCUGAAUGUAACUUAAAUAAUAUCAAAAGAAGCAAACUAUUUUUAAAACGCUCAUUGCUAUAUUUUGUAGAUCUUACAGAAUUUCAUAUAAAUGUCUGAUGUUGUAGGGGCUCGGUUAAUGUAGUAUGUGGGGUGGGUGGUGCAAAAUGACAAAAGGUCUAUUUUUAGCUGUGAAAGUUCUAUUUUCAGCUACGAGCUGCAAGGCUAAUGAGGGUUUUGAGGGGUCAAUUAGCUGAUUAUAUUUGCAUCUGUUGUCUUAAAAAUAUAUAUGCUUCUACGGUAUUUGUGUACUUUGGGGGGAAGUGGUUUUAAUAACGUGAUAUCAAGGAAAAAUGUGUUUAAUCGGUGAACUUUUUUCAUGAGUUCUCUCCUGCUGUGUAUACUACUGAAAGCACCAGAGAAAGAGCUGCACUCAGUCUAAUAGGUUUUGCACACCGUCUGGCUGAAUGUGGGAAACUAUGGUGAUUGACAAGGGACUUGCUCUAUUUUGCAUAUCAAUUUUGCUUUGACCUCAAGGUUCCCUUUUGUAUUUUUAUAUAUAUAAAUUAUAUAUAUAUCUUGCAUUUCUAUUCUUGAUAUGCUCCUCAGAUGAUAAUCAUGAAGUUUCUGAAGAGCCGGUUUUGAAUCGAUUUUUUUGUUGUUGAAGGUAGUCAAAUAUCGCCACGUGCGCGAGAGUGCGUAGACUCUGCGUAGACUGUGGCUGAGGUGCGUUUCGUACGGUGUGCGCGUGGGUCUAACCGCGUCGGAGAUUUAUCCAUGCACCGCGCUCGUUUGUUAACCUGAAAGGAAACGGCGCGGUCUUUUUGAGUCGCAUUUCGUUGUCAUUUCCUGUGCCCGCCUCCCACUGUUUCAGCGUGUAAAUGUGAGUCUGGCGUGUGACCCGCGGUGACGGUUCAGGGGAAAGCGUCCCUGGUUCGGCUCUGAGCGCAGCCUGUACAGCAGGAGGCCGCUGUCUUCAGUCUUCUGCCUCGGGCGAUCAGAAGCAGGAAGUGAGGUCCGUGCGCUAAAGCCGCUACAGUGCCGCGUCGCGUUCUGAAGAAGGGAUUCGCCGCUGCACGUCAAACAGAGCGAGAGUCUCGCCGCAGACGACUGCUCAAACCAACGGUUGAGAUGAACCAAUGAGAGCGUUUGCCACAGGGGGCGGUGCGUUUUGAUUGGUCCGCAAAGCCUUGCUUUCUCAUCGUUGACUAAAGACAUUCCAUUGGGUUAUUUCAAUUCAUGAUCAACAGGCAGAGCGCUACACAGCACCACACACCCUAGCCUAGCUGUUAGCGCUUCUGAUGGCCUAUUCAAUAAAACACACCUAGCGUAGCCUACCUGUUAGCGCUUCUGAUGGCCUAUUCAAUAAAACACACCUAGCGUAGCUAACCGCUUUUUGCUUCUGAUGGCCUGUUCAAUAAGACACAUCUAGCGUAGCCUACCUGUUAGCGCUUCUGAUAACCUGUUCAAUAAGACACAUCUAGCGUAGCCUACCUGUUAGCGCUUCUGAUAACCUGUUCAAUAAGAUACACCUAGCAUAGCCUACCUGUUAGCGCUUCUGAUGCCCUGUUCAAUAAGAGCACAAACUGCCUUGUACUACUCUGCCCUGUUGAACACCCCUCAAAAAUACUGUGUUUUUAUCUAUCUAUCAUAAAAUAUUUUGGUAACUGAUUUUGGAAUGAGACGUCAUGAUUUUUUUUCAUUUUUUUUUUUGUGAGUGGUGAUUUUGAACAAUAAAAACAAAUGCAAUAGAAACUGUGA